AUGGCAGAACAAACGGAAAACGAGUUUCAGAUACACAAUAAUAAUGUAUCCAUAGAGACACUUCCUAUGUAUACACGGCUGCAGUUGGCCAGAUUUAAUGGAGUGGACAAGAGACAACUAUAUGUGGGGAUCAGAGGAUACAUCUACGAUGUUACUGAUAACACUAAAAGCUACGGUCCAGGGAAGGCCUACCACAAGCUAGUGGGUAAGGAUCUGAGCAGGCUCCUUGCGCUUAAUCGUCUACAGUUGAAGCUGGACGAACCGGACAAGGAUGACAAGGAAGUGACCAAUACAUGGUAUACUGGUGAUUUGACAGAGAAGCAGAUAUCAGUGUUGGAGAAAUGGGUAUUGUUUUUCAAAAAGCGGUACCGUAUUGUUGGGGUGAUUGUUGAACACCAUAACAAGAAGGCGUUGGAUGGAUAA